GAAGGACAGAAAGAACUCUCUCCUGGACACCAUGGCUGGUUUUACUGAUUGAUCGGGAUCCCAGGAUAGAAUCGAUUUCAUCCAGGAACACUAUUGCCGGAGUAUUGGCUCUUGCUUGGCGAAAUACCUUGGGCCAGGCCACCCAAAACUUCUGUCUCUGCCAGGGAUUAUAAACUCUCGCACACUAAAAGGCCACCAAUGUGAUCCCAGGAGACAGGCUUGAAGUCCGUCAGCCCAACUCCACUUCGAAAAGAGGAGGGUUGGAUCUUUUUUGCAGCUUUGUAGAAAUCUGACAUGUUAUAUCCCGCCCUUCCUCCAAGGCACCCAGAGCAGCAGACAUGGCUGUUUCACACCUUGCUGCUUAAAGUGAAGUGCCAAGCAACAGCCCCCGAGCAUCUGACUCAGAGCAGAACCAUCUUGGUGAGAAAACAACAAGGCACAGGAAGGGACUGAAGCAUGGCGUUUGGAAUGGAUUCUUACCGAACGGACGCGAAACACAGCCUGCAGAGCAGCCUCCCUGCAGAGUGCAGUAAGGUGGCAGCUGAACACCACUGAUGAAUAUUUGUCCUCUUGGAGAGAUGGGAUUUCAAAGUGAAUUGGGUUUUUCUCUUCCUUGAAGAAAUACAAUCUAACUCAGCAUUUCUCUUGCUACCUUUCAGAGACAGAUCUAAAGGCAUAUGUCAUCUGACUGGAGAGCAAGACGUGAUAUCUUUGCAGUUGACGGAGCUUAGCCAAAAAGAUGAGUAGGUUUGCUAUUGAGCAGAUAUAUUAAUAUGUGCCUGGGAGAGAGGUUUGUGAUUGGAUUUGAUCUUAUCAUUCUCCUCUGUCUGGAAGUAAUCAAUUUUAAUUGCAUUGGCUGUGGUCCUGAAGUUCUCCAAAGGUUGAGUAAUGAUCUUUAACACAAGCGGAAUCAAGAGAUCUGGAAUAUAGCCCAUAACACUUCUUCUUCUUUUUUUUUUUUUUGGCAGGACUGUCAACAGGCUUGUAUUCUAGAACACUCACCCCUUCCCUAUUGCAUCCACUAAAAUCCAUGGUUCAUAUUUUUAUUUCAUUUUUAUUAUUUUAAGUAAUGGGUUUCUACUGCCUUUUACCAGUGUUUCCCAGAUGAUUUGCAUAAAAAAGGCAGAAUAACAAUAAAAUUGCGGGAGAGAACACAAAACAAUAAUAAAAACAGUAGUCAAAGAGCCGUUUAAAAAGCUUGAGGGAAACCAAACGGUCUUUGUCUAGUGCUGCAAAGAUACCAAGUUUGGCACUAGGUGAGUUUCCCUGGAGAGAGUGUUUCACAGAUGAUGGGGCUACCACUGAGAAGGCCACUCUCUCAUUUCCUGCCUCACCUCCUUCCUGCCUCAUUUCAGAUAAGGGCUUAGGAGAUGGCUGCAGUGAACUGAAGGGUGGCUGGCGUGUCAGCUAUGGUUUCUCCUGGAUAGAGAUAGCUUUGUCACAGCCAUCCAUGUUCCAAGACUGACUACUAUAAUGCAUUGUAUGUGGGUCAGCCUUUAAAGACUAUCCAAAAACUGCAGUUUGUUGAAAACACAGCCAUUUCACUACUAACUGGGACCAGCCAUUAGGAACAAAUUCCAAUGAUGCUUAGAGCUUUACUGACUCCUAGUCUUUGAACUAAGCACAAUCCAAAGUGCUGGUGCUUGCCUUUUAAAGCCUUAUGUCAACCCUGGGUCCCCAGAUGUUGUUAUAUUACAACUCCCAUCAUCCCCAGCCACAAAGAUAAAAUGACUACAACUCCCAUCAUCCCCAGCCACAGUGCCGAUGGGAGUUAUAGUUCAACAAAAAUGUGGGGAGAUCUAGGAGCACCCGUCCAGACCAGUGAAUGUGAGCCAUCAUGAUCAAGAGUUUGCUGCUGCUCUCCAAGGUUAUAAACUGCAUAAAACAAUGUUUGGCUGGUUAAUCAUCACGCUUUCAACCAACUGAUUGCUUUUGUGGGACACUGGAAGAUGUAUGAGAUAAUUUAAGGUAAAGUGUGCCGUCGAGUCGGUGUCAACUGCUGGUGACAACAGAGCCCUGUGGUUGUCUUUGGUAGAAUACAGGAGGGGUUUACCAGUGCAUCCUCCCAUGCUGUAUGAGAUGAUGCCUUUCAGCAUCUUCCUAUAUCACUGCUGCCCGACAGAGGUGUUUCCCAUAGCCUGGGAAACAUACCAGUGGGGAUUCGAACCAGCAACCUCUGGCUUGGUUGUCGAGCCAUUUCCUCGCUGCGCCAUUUGGUGGCUAUGAGAUAAUUUACUGUGUUGUAAACAAAAGGGCACCAAUAAUGCGUAGUUUUGACAUAUUUAAUCUUUCCCUCCCUUCCUCUCUCUCUCCUUUUACCUUGCUGGGAACCUGGCAUCUUCUGCAUGAAAAGCAAGCGCUCUCCUUUUGAGUUGCAGCUUCUUCAGGAAGAAUGGUGGUCUGCCUAGUCCAGCAUUCUGUGGCCUGCAGCAGCCAGCCAGAUGCCUCUGGGAAUUCAGUACCAUUGGACGAAGGAGAUGGCUUCCCCCAAAGCUUGUCUCUGGUAUUAAGAGGCAUACUGUUUCUGUUCAUGGAGUUAUUAGAUAUGUCCUCCAUAAAUUUGCCUAAUACUUUUAGAAAGCCACCUGAGCUAGUGGCUGUCAUCACCUCUUGUGGUAGCAAAUCCGAUCAGUUGUUUUAUUGUUGUUGUUAUUAUUUUUCCGCUUUGGAACAACAACAUUCUCAAAGUGGUUUACCCAGAAAAGGAUGUUUUCCUGUCCUAAAGGGGCUCACAAUCUAAAAGCAAACACAAGGGAGCCAGCAAUAGGCACUAGGAAGGAUGCUAGGCUGGGAUGAAUAGAGUCAGUUGCUCUCCCACUGUUAAAUAUCAGGGAGCCACCACUUUGCCCAUUUAGCAGGGGGCUAUUCUUUGGAAUUUAUUUCUUGAUGGUUCCGUGUUCCCAAAGGGCUCACAAAUCUAAAAAGAAACAAAAAUGGAAAACAUCAGCAUCAGCUACUGGGUGGGACACUGUACUGUCUGUGAUGAAUAGGGACAGUUGGUACCCCCCUGUUAAAUGUAAGUGAUCCACUGCUUCUAAUGUUGCCUCUUAGCCCAGGUAGUGGGGUUAAUUAUCAUUUAAUUAUGCAUUAUCUUAAGGAGUACUUCCUUUUCUUGGUCCUGAACUGGCUGCCAGCCAAUUUCAUUGAGUGAACCAGGGUUUUUAGUAAAUGAUCAACAUUUCUUCAACUCCUUUCUGCACAGUAUUGAUGUGUGCCUUUAACUCUCCUCCAGGGAGUAUCAUUUGUGCUCACCAAUCAACACUGGCUCUAAGCCUUCCCCUGCAAAGCCUGUGGUUUCAGGCCUUCUGGCUCUGAUAACUGCUGACCUAUACCUUCUGGGAAAUUAUUUGUAUAUAUUUUUGCCAAGAUAAACUGAAUGCUGUGACCCGGGUCCAGGAUAUAUUAUUACUGUUGUUGUUAUCAUCUUGCUUUUCAACAAAAAGGUUAUCAGAGUGGUUUACACAGAGGAAAAAAGAGUAUGGUAAUACUCCUCUCUCCCAAGGUGCUCAUGAUCUAAAAAGAAACACGUUAGACACUAGCAACAGGUACUGGAGGGAUGCUGUGCUGGGGAUGGAUGAACAAGGACAGUUGCUCUCCCCCUGCUAAGAGAUGCACUUUAAAAGGUGCAUCUUUGCCCAGUUAGCAGGGAUGAUUCCCAAAUUGCGCCUCAAGACAGCCUGAUGGUAGUUCCCUGUCCUCAAAGGUCUCACAGUCUGAAAAUAAACACACCUGCAAUAGCCACAGGGAGAGACAUGAUUUUGGGCUGAAGAGGGAUGCAUGCUUCUUCCUCCUCCUGUUAAAUAUGAGUGAGAGUCACCACUUGGUUUCUUUUUGCUCUGUUAGCAGGGUGUUAUUGUUAGAGAUGUAUAUCUUGAUGCUUCCCUGCCCCAAAGGGGCACACAGUCUAAAAAGACACAGAAGAAAGGCUCCAGCAAACAGCCACUGGACUCGGAGGUAUACUGUGCUGUGUCGAAUAAGGACAGUUGCUCUCCCCUAGUAAAUAUGAUAGAGCCACUAGUUUAAAAGAUGCCUCCUGGCCCAGUUAGCAGGGGCAUGAUUACAUGUGAAAGUGUCUGUGUGUGCAUAUGAAUGAUCCUCAUUUUGCUGCCAGAUAGGGAUAUGUGUGCUUGCUUGUUUCGGACUUAAAAGAAAACAAAGUGUCCUCAAACGGCCCAUAUUUUUGUGGUUUACACUAGGUGGUUCAUAUACAUCUGGUGGUAUUGCUGUUUGGUAUGACCCCAACGGUACAAAAAAUGGAACCACCAUAAAUUGCUGAAAGAUGGAAAUACUGAAAUUAUUGCCUCAUUCAGUUGGCACGGGCAACAUUUUAUUCUUUGUAUGUUCAAUAAGUCACAUAAGAAUAUUAAAAGUAAAGUGUGCCGUCUAGCCGAAGUCGACUCCUGGCGACCACAGAGCCCUGUGGUUGUCUUUGGUAGAAUACAGGAGGAGUUUACCAUUGUCUCCUCCCACGCAGUAUGAGAUGAUGCCUUUCAGCAUCUUCCUGUAUCGCUGCUGCCUGAUAUAGGUACCCACGGGGAUUUGAACCGGCAACUUCAUGCUUGCUAGGCAAGUCAUUUCCUGCUGCGCCAUUAGGUGGCUUCUCAUCAGAAUAUUACCAUUAUUAAAUCUUAGUAAUGGGGCAUGUUAGAAAGUGUUUAGGAAAUAAAUUCAGAUUUCCAUUAUAUUUGCAUUUGGCAUGAGUUUUGCCACUUUACACUCUGAUCCUGUGAAUGUAUCCUCAAAAGUAACUUCUGUUGACUUCAAUAGGACUUACUCUCAAGCGAGCGUGCAUUGGAUUGCAGUCUUAAUAUACUUAAAAUAAAUCCUGCUAAUUGAGUGAAGAGGCAUCCUUUAAAGUGGAGAUUCUCUUAUAUUUAGUAGGAGGAAAACACCUGUCUUUAUUCAUUCCCAGCACAGCAUCCCUCUAUACUAGUGAUUGUUGCUGGUGUCGACCGUAUGUUUCUUUUUAGACAGUAAGCCCUUUGGGGGCAGGGAACCCUCUUAUUUCUUUUUCUAUGUAAACUGAUUUGUGAACUUUUUUUGGUUGAAAGGUGGUAUAUAAGUAUUCAUGAUCACGGUGUGAGGCUUGAAUGAAAGUUUGCUUCUUCAUUGGUUUCAUGAUUCCUGAGGAAAGUGGUCAGCACAAGGAGAGACUUCUAAUGAGCUAUGGGUUGUUUUUGUAAUCUUGGUACAAAUUGUCUGCAAAGCAAAACAAGUGUGUGAUUUUCAUUUUCAUCCAAAAGUUUCAUAAACCAUUACAAUUUGUACUAGAGCCUUUCUAUCUGAGAUCUUGAGGGCAGAAGGGGCACAUAUGUUUUAAUCAUUCCUGUUUGGUCCAAAAGGUUGCUUUCCCUCCACUCUUUAACUAAAGAGGCUGGUAGCAUAUUAAAACAUGUAAAAAAAAGGGCUGGUGGUACAGUCCUUUCCUGGUAAGAGAACUGCGUGAUUGGAUGGUUCACCCAGAUCAAAAGGUGUGUGUGUGUGUGUGUGUUAAGCACAGCAGGGAAGCAAGACUCAGAUUAUUCCUGAGAUGAUUCCAUAUUCAGGGAAGGAUGGGUGUGUGUGUGUGCUGGUAUUACUGGGAAUAAUACGAAAGAUUUCUCGCAAACCAUGAGCUAAUAGUCAUUGCAUGUAGACAUCCUGGGCCCUGUUACAUUUUCUUUUACUAGUCAUUUUGCUUGCUGACAGACUAAAAGUACUGGUUGUCUACUUUAAAUGACUAUUAGAUUAUAAUCUCAGGGAAGUCUUUUUAUCAUUGCCAGAAAUAAAUCUGUAAUCCUUCCCUUAUUUAAAUAUAAACCUCAAUGAAGAACAGCACAUCCUCAGAACUGGUAAAGUUGUGCCCUCGCGUCGGUGUCAACUCCUGUUGGCCACAGAGCCUGGUGGUUGUCUUUGGUAGAAUACAGGAGGGGUUUACCAUUGCCAUCUCCCGCGCAGUGUGAGAUGAUACCUUCCUGUAUCACUGCUGACCAAUAUAGUAGGUGUUUCCCAUAUUCUAGUGCACGGUUUUAAAGGAAGGUUGAACACAUUGUGGGGGACACCCUUGGAUUGUUCUCUUUUUCUCUCCACUCCCCCUCAUUUUCUGAACUCUCUCUCUUGCUCCUCUCUUGAACCCUAAAAUAGGGCCUCUGCGUUACACCUGUGGCCACACAGUCAACUUAAGUUAAUUGCUCUGUUUCCACACACACACACACACACACACCCCAUUGGCUUUAGCUUAGACUAAGCACUGCUCUUCCUCACCUGUAAUUACUUGGGAGGGGCUGUUGUGUUUAUCCAGGCCUGUGUCCUCCAGUUUGGUUUGAUUGCUUCUCUUUGCGUUCAUAAUUGCAGUGGAUUUAUGUUUGUUGACUUUGUAACUGGAAAAUAGAAAACAAACAGUUUAAAAAUAUACAGAAAAUGUAGCAAAAGGUGUUCCCUCCUAGGAAGUUGUUGCUACAUUUAAAGAAUAAAUGUACAGGCAGGUAUAUCGGUUAGGGAUAUCAAAGUAUGAAUAGGGUGGACACUUUUUGCAAAAAGGUGAACCUAGAAAAUCUGUACAUGAAUUGUCCUCUUUGUUAAGCAGGGCCUGCCCUGAUUUGCAUGUGAAGGGGAGACUGUAAGAUAUCCCCUUGGCUGUAGAGCAUCUGUAAGCUGGUCUCAGAUCUGGUCAGCGCCUAGAUGCGAGGCCACUGAGAACUGCCUUGAGUGCUGACACAAUGGAAGAAAGGAACAUCGGAAACUGCCUUCUACCAAGUCAGACCAUUGGUCCAUCUAACUCAGUAUUGUCUACACCAGGCCUGCACAACAUAAGACCCGGGGACCAAAUCCAGCCCGCAGAGUCUACUUUACUGCCCCCAGCAACACAGGAGCUGGAAACUGCCUUAUAGUGCCAUUCUGUGCAUGCUUUCUCAGAAAUAGGUUCCAUGGUGUACCCAGUGAGGCUUACUUCCAUGUAGCAUGGGAUUGCAGCCAGAAAGCAACAGUGAUUUAGAGAGAGGAGAGGACUUGGCAUUUGGGGCUAGCAUGCAUUCCAAGGGCCCCACUGGUUGAGCAGGGACAGGACCUAUUUUCUAGACACUAUCCUUAGUUAAAACUAUGGGUCCCUUGGCAGGGAGAAUAGAUCCACAAGUAACUAAAAAUAUUUUAAUUCUAAUGUAAUAAUGCACUCAACAUUUACCUCGGCCCCUGCACGCCAAAUUGUGAAUGGUUCUGGCCCAUCAGGGCAUUUGAGUUGUGCAACACCUGGUCUACACAGACUGGCAGCAGCUUCUCCAAGGUUACUGGCAGGAGUCUUGGAGAUGCCAGGGAGCGAACCUGGAACCUUCUGCUCUUGCCAGAGCAGCCCCAUCCCCUGAGGGGAAUAUAUUACAGUGCUCACAUGUCUCCCAUUCAAAUGCAAACCAGAGUAGACCCUGCUUAGCAAAGGGAACAAUUCAUGCUUGCUUGUGGUGUGUACACUCAUCCUACAUUCACCUGUGGUGAACAGGUUUUAGUACUAUUUCUAAACCUGUUUAACCAGAGGUGCGACAGUGGGGCAGAGGAAGCACAUAUCGGGUCUCUUACGAAACUAUUGUCUGUCUCCAGUCUGAGCUACAAAUGAUUUUUGCAUGACCUGCAGUUAGAGGCAGCCCUUUCAUGGGGCAGGGUGAGGCAGACAUCUCAGGCAGCAGGUGACGGAGGCACCAGCAAGGUGGCAAAAUGACACCAUUUUGGCAGCUUUCUGAGACCAAUCUGACCCUUGCAAACUUUGUAAGGAGCGCUUCUCCUCACACUCCUUGCAAAGCUUACAGGAAAGCACAAGGAGAGAAGAGCAAAGAGGCAGCUUUUUAAUUUCCCCCUAAAGUGUAGCAAAACAGCCAGGGCUUGACAUAGCUUUGAGCAUUCCAGUGGAUCGGGGCUACCACUGAAAAGGCCCUGCUUAGUGGAUGCUAAAUGCACCUGGAAUGGGGCUUCAGAAGAUGUUCUAAGUGUACAGGAGUGCACGUACAGGUGAAGGGGUCCCAAACCAUUUCAGGAUUUGAAGGAAAUAACCAAAUUAAACAACAUUUAAUAUACAAGGCUACAUGUAUUCUGGCUGCUCUGUAUUGAUUAUUUGUUCUCAUAGUUCCCUGAAAGCAACAAGGAGCAGGAGUCGGUCUUUCUCUGUCUCCUUCACAGCUCCAGGUUUCAUUUCUUCAAGUUCCUCUGUACAGUUUCUAUCACAGAAUUCCUGAUAUAUACAAGGAGACAAAACUGAAACCUGGGCUUCAGCCUUCUUCAUUUUUUCAGUAUUUCUGCAUUGGAGUCGGUUGUCAGCUGUUGCCCUAAAUUCAGUUCAGCUGAUGGCUUGCCUUAGCCAUAGACCACAGCAACACCAAAAACUUACAAAUACAAUGUAUUUAGCCAGAUACAGCUAAAUAAGAAUGGCUUCUUUAGAGCUAAAGCCUGAUACAGCUAAAGCAGCAUGUGGAAGCAUGAAUGUUUUAUUAUUCACUAGUGAAUAAUAAAAAUUCAUGCUUCCACAUUUUAAAUAUGUCUUUAAAAAUGAAAUUUCUUCACAUUAAAAGGCCACAAAACUAAAUAGUAACAGAUACCAUGAAGCUGCAUUGUUCUAUUUUGAGUUUAUCCUUGAGAUCUUAACUCUCACUUUGCUUAGAACAGGGGUUCCUAACCUGUAAAUAAACUGUGUCUGGGAAUCAUGGGAGUUGUAGUCCAGCAACAUCUGGAGGGCCACAGGUUAGGAACCUCUGGCUUAGAAAAUUGCUCUCUUGAUGCCCAUUCCCCCAUGAACUGACUGGGAGCCAAAAAAUUGUAUCUAAGGGGUUGGUUGUGCCCUGUGGGACUUCCGAAUCCCCUCGCCCCUUAGAACAGCAACCUCUCAUUCUGUCCCCUCUCCUCCCUCGGAUCUUUUACUGGCAUACAGGCAGAGGUCUUAAGAGGGAAGCAGGUCUUCUGGGAUAUGGAGAUGGUAAGAAACAGUGGUUGCCAUGCCCUCUCCUCCUGCUCAGAAAGGAUUCCUGCUGUGUUUUGCCUUCUCCAAGAUGUCAGUGGAAAUGAGAGCUCUGGUGAGGAGGUCUGGGUGCUCCGGAGCAUCUUGCUUGCCAGAAGGCUGGGGGUACUCUCUGCUGGCAAGUGGAUUUGCAGAUGCCUGGACCUGACCCUUGCAAAGAGUGCCUUUCUUCAUACUCCUUACAAAAUUUGUAAGAAGCACAAGGAGAGAAGAGAUGCUGCUGGCAACAGGCCCCCACCCCACCGGUGCUCUUUCAAAUCUUGCAAAGCUGGGUUUUGCAAGGAGGUUGGCCCCCACCAGGGGCAUGGGGCAAGGCAGCUUGGGGGCCAUAGGAAAAUUUCUCCUUUGAAGAGUGCAGAAUUAAAGCCAGCUUGGACAUAUGGCACUGGUUGCCAGGUUCUGUGGAUCCAGGCCAAACGAUGUCAUUCUGAAGUUACAAAGUGUGGGGAGGGAAGUUUCAUCUUUAACUUUUUUUUAGAAGCAGAUUCAAAACCUUGUGUCUGUCAGUUGCUUUCUCGCAGCUGCUGCUGUAGCAGGUAUGAAAACGAAAACAAAUCGUUCCUUGCAAGUUUGCAUUAUGUGAGUAGCCCUGUCCCUCAAACUACUGGGCUAUUUAAAAAAAAAAUGCUUUCAGUCGUUGUGGCAGUGAUCACCCACAAAAGAGCCCAAGCACUUAGGAGAAGUUGUGCGCUGGCCGUGCCUGCUGAAGAAUUAACUGCAUUUUAUAAAGAGAAAGAGAGGAGGGUGAAAGCCAAUAAUUGGGAAUAUAAUGAAAACUUUCAAUAUGCAAACAAUUGCAUCCGAACGUCCAAGUACAACGUGCUGACAUUUUUGCCUGUUAAUUUGUUUGAGCAGUUCAAGCGGGUUGCAAAUGCCUACUUUGUUUUCCUUCUGAUUUUACAGCUGAUCCCGGACAUAUCCUUGUUAUCUUGGUUUACUACCAUCGUUCCUUUGCUGCUGGAUUUAACCAUUACAGCUGCCAAAGAUGCCACAGAUGACUAUUUCGGCUUCUGCAACAAAUGCUCAGCCAAGAUUUCAACCCUGAGGGCAAUGCAGAUUGAGGACAGAUGGACUGCACAUUUAAAAGGCAUGGUCAAAACCAAUGCACCACUUUUGAAUACCUGUGGCUUCUUCUUCGUCCCUUUGGUGUCUUUUAUUUAUUUAUUUGCAGCUAUGGGAUGCCUUCCCUUAACUGGGGUUUCCCCUCUGUCUUGCUCUCUUCCACAGAAAACGAUGCCACUGGAUUUCUCAUUUAACCCAUUAGCAGACCUCAAAUUUUGUUUUUAUGACCACAGCUUGAUUGAAUCAAUUAAAUCAGGAGAUUCAGAAGUACAUGAAUUCUUUAGGCUCCUUUCUCUCUGCCAUACAGUCUUGUCUGAAGAGAAAAUCCCAGGGAAACUGAUCUACCAAGCACAAUCACCUGAUGAAGGUGCUCUUGUGACUGCUGCCCGAAACGUUGGGUUUAUCUUUAAGUCUCAGACUCCAGAGGCAAUCACUGUAGAAGAAAUGGGCAAACUUGUGACUUAUUGGCUCUUGGCAAUUUUGGAUUUCAACAAUGACAGGAAAAGAAUGUCUAUAAUAGGUACCUUUCUCCCUCUCUGUUUUAUGCUUGAUGACAGAACUGGCUAUCAUAAGCAGAAGCUAUUAACCACUUCAAUGUAUUCAUUAUCAGAGUUUGCUGGAGAAGGCCUUCGAACUUUAGCUCUGGCAUACAAAAAUGUGAACCAGGAGCAAUUUCAGGAGUGGUUUGAACUGUAUAAGAAGGCAAAUGCUUCCUUCAACUGCAGGGACGAACAGCUAACUUCAGCAGCUUAUGAAGAGAUUGAAAGAGACCUGAAACUACUAGGUGCCACUGCUAUUGAAGACAAAUUGCAAGAAGGUGUGACAGAAACCGUUGCUAACUUAUCAUUAGCCAAUAUAAAGAUUUGGAUCCUAACUGGAGACAAGCAAGAAACAGCUGUGAACAUUGGUUACUCCUGCAAUAUGCUCACUGAUGCCAUGGAUGAGAUUUUUACAGUGGCUGGUCACACACAAAAGGAAGUAUGCAAAGAACUUAGGAAAGUGAAAGAUCAUAUGUUUGGACUACGCAACAAUCUUUCUAGAGGUCAUGCCUAUAAUGAAAAACUUCAGAAAUCAAGGGAAAAUGUUGAAGUCACUGGUGAAUAUGCAUAUGCAUUGACUGUUUAUGACCAGUGGUUCAUCACUCUUUUCAACAUCGUAUAUACAUCUCUGCCAGUGCUAGCGAUGGGAUUUUUCAACCAGGAUGUGGAUGAGCAGAAGGGUGUUGAUUUUCCAAAGCUGUAUGAACCUGGGCAACUAAACCUCCUGUUCAACAAGCACAGAUUUUUCAUCUGCAUCGCACAUGGGAUCUACAUUUCGUUUGUUCUUUUCUUCAUUCCCUAUGGUGCAUUUUAUGAUGCUGUUGGAAAAGAUGGGAAGCAUAUUGCUGACUACCAGUCUUUUGCUGUCACUAUUGCAACCUCUUUGAUCAUAGUAGUCAGUGUUCAGAUUGCCUUGGAUACCAAUUAUUGGACAGGCAUGACAUGGGGUAGUGUUGCCGUGUAUUUUGCAAUCUUAUUCGCAAUGCAUAGCGAUGGACUUUUUGGUCUGUUUCCCAGCUAUUUCCCUUUUCUAGGAAAUGCUUGGAAUUCCUUGGGCCAAGUAAAUGUCUGGCUCAUCAUUCUCCUGACUACUGUGGUUUCAGUCAUGCCUAUAUUUUGUUUUAUGAAGGUGGACUUGAAUCCAACACUGAGUGAUCAGGUAUGACUCUCGCACAAGGCGAAAAAGAAACAGGGACCACUGCAGAGGCAUAAUAUCUGCUUAAUGCACAGAGGAAGUUCACAAAGAUCUGCUUAUGCUUUUGCUCAUCAACAGGGCUAUGGGGAACUUAUAACAUCUGGAAAAACUAUGCGUGCCAAUAAUUCACAGUCAGUAUCAGACUCAGGAAAAAUCAGGCGGAAUAGUUGGAUCGAGAACUUGCAUAAGAGAACAUCAGAGAUGAUGAACAGCUUCAGCUGCGAAAGGACUGCAAGGCACUGAAUCAAUAUACCCGUGGAAUAAAUGAGUUUGCUUUUAAAUAUGUGGCCACAAUCCAUGCCCAUUUCCCUUUCUAACGUUGAUAACUUGAUAUGUGAAGCUACCAAUGAUGGUGGUGACUUUGACUGAAGACAGAUGAUAGGGUUUUUUUCAGAGAGCUAAAGAUGAUAUGAGAGAAGCAUUGUUGUCCAUGUGUACACUCAUUAUAACUUCUGGUUAACAAGGUUUGCAAGUUUUCGUUACACUUCAAAACCCUGCAAAAUCUAUUUGACUAGAGAUGACAGUGGGCCAUAAGAAAUGUGUGUGCAUGCCCAUGGCACUGAGUCCUCCAUCAUCAUACCACUGUCAACUUGCUUAAAAAUGAUACUCUGCAAUCCAAUUAUGUCAUAAACUGAAAAUAAUCUGCUUUCACUGAAACAGCUAGAACUAGCUGCAUUUAAAAGGUGGGCUUAAAUUGGUAUUGGGCUGUGAGCCUCUUUACUGUGUUUUAUUUAUGUUUUUUUUAAAAAAGGAUCUCUAUCCUGCCUUCUGCACAAAGUCUCAAAGCAGUUUACAAAUUAAAAUGCAGUAAAAUAUUACUAGAGUAAAACUGCUAAAACCAAUAAAACGAUGGAGGAGAAAUUAGAGGAGAAUUUUUCAAUUAUCUGUAGGUGGGAAAUGUCUGUCUGAAAAAAAUGUAUCUUUAAAAGCUGCUGGAAAAGUGGGGGAAAGGGGGCCAUCUCCUGGAGAAGGAAAGUCAACAGAAAGAGGGGGCCACCACAGAGAAGGCCUUAUUCUUCAUGGCCUCCAAAUUCUAUUAUAUUCUAUAAAUAAAAUUCUAUAAAUUCUAUAAAUAAAUUCUUGAUGGCACAAGCAGGAGGUUCUCCCUAUCAGAUUUUGUGGGUUGGCAGAUUUAUUUGGGAGAAGAUGAUCCUUAGAUCACCUGGCCUUAAACCAUAUAAGGUUUUAAAACACCUUAAGUUUCAUUUGGAAACAAAUUGUCACUAUCACCAUGACAUGAUCUCGAUAUUAUUGGACUUGCCUCCUAAUAAGAUUUCCCCCCUCUUUUUCUUUGUGAGCCCCUUUGAGACAGGAUUAUUAAUUUUUAAAAUGCUAUAAGCUGCUUUGAGCCUAUCAGAAUGAGCAGGAUAUAAAUCUAACAAACAAAUAGAAUAAUCCCAACCAAUGGAACAGGUUUGCCUAGGGCCUUUCUUCUAGGUAAUUGUAUUAUUCUACAAAAUGUAAACACUCCCCGGAUAUUGAAAGUUGGGUCUCUGCGAUAAAAUUGGCCCGAGAUGAAUGCUGUCGAAUCACUUCCCCUUCUUCUUUCCUAGGUUUUUGCUGAUAGAUGAUCAAAAACUGGGAGCACACGCUGUUUCCAAAGCUGGGUAGAAUGUUUGUUCCACUCAGUUUAUGGCUGCAAGAACUGCCUUAAUGUGUAGAACUCUCCCCUACACCAAAAAGACACCCCAAUAUAGGUUAUAAGCUCUUGACCUUUCAAAUUCUGAACGUGUUUUACUAAUCUCUUUAUAAUCUAUGAAGAAUUUGUACAUAUAAGGUUUGUACAUAUAAGGUUGUACAUAUAAUGUUCUACACAUACAGUAUUCAUACAUACAAGUCACUUAUGUAUGCAUCUUAUUUGGGCUAGAUUUUUGUUCAAUGACUUUCAGAUUCUGUUCUAUUAAUCUUAAAAGCUUCUUCAAAGAGAAGAUUAGUAAGGGUGGACAAGCUUGCUCAUCUCCUCCUGGAAUGCACAGCGACAGAGAGGGCUGAAUGCUACAGCGUGAUCUCAGUUCACAUGCGACUGCAAUGGGCCUGGCCAAUGCCCAACACGAACUAGAGAGAAUGUCCUAGAAUAUUCCCAGAAUCCUCUGCAAUGUAACAGAGCGUCUGUUUCGCAUGCAGAAGUAACUACAGAAGUUUUCAACAUGGUUCACAUAGCAAAAGGAAUGAGAAAAAAACUUCCCUGUCCAAAAAGGGCUCACAGUCUAAGAAGAAACACAAGUCAGCAACAGCCACUGGAAGGAGGGGCAUUUUAGGAUGAACAGUCACAGUUGCUCUCCCCCUGCUAAAUAUAAGACAGCCAUCAUUUAAACAAGUAUAUUUUUGCCUACAUUUGCCUACAGAAAAGCAAUGCUGUAGUGUAUACCAAAUUUGGGCCACUUUUAAGUGGAAAGGUGACUAAUAAUUGCAAUAAAUAAUAAUUGGUGGUGGGAAACACUGUUUCUUCCUAUGACUAAUAUGAAGAAAAAGUCUUGUAAACGUGCUGCAGCUGUUCUUUUAAUGCACAGAGAAUAUUGGUUUCAGCAGUUUAUUAUUUUAGAUGCUAGCAAGUUAAUUAUCUUGUCAAAUUCCACACAUAAAGCACAUAAAAUAAUACUUCUGCCAGAGAAUGUACAGUGUUAUAUGCAGAAUGUGAUUGCACUAAAUGGAUUAUUCAUUUGUCCUUGGCAAAGCCUAUGAGCAUGCCCUUUGGCUGAAUGUUAUGAAAUAAUAAAAAUCUGAUGUUUGUCUUUUA